GGAGGGGUCGCUUGGAGCAUCUUGUCUGCGGUGUUUUUGUGUUUCUCUUGUCAGUGAGCUCUCCUCCCGGGCCGAGCGAGGCGUGCUGAAAGGAUCUCCAUCCAGAGGACAACAGGUGAGAAUUGGUGGGUGACUGUUUGAGGAGCAGCCACAGGCUCAUUAUGGCUCAGGUGCUGCAUAUGGACCCCGGCUUCCCAGGGAAACUCAACCCGCCUGCUCCCCCUUCCCUGCACGGCAAAGAACAGGAGGCGCCCUACUCAGUGGAGACCCCCUAUGGCUACCGUCUGGACCUCGACUUCCUCAAAUAUGUUAACGACAUAGAGAAGGGAAACACUAUCAAGAAGGUACCGAUCCAACGGCGGCCACGCUAUGGCUCCCUGCCCCGCGGCUAUGGCUACACCGGCUCCUGGUGGACCUCCACAGAGUCUCUGUGCUCCAACACCAGCAUGGACAGCCGACACUCUUCAUUCUCUUACUGCGCCCCCGGCUUCCACACGUCGCAGAGGCCCAGCUUCAGCAGUGCCCGGGUGGAGAAGACCCUUUUGGAUGCACGCAGGAAGCUGGAGGAAGAGAAAGAGGGGCGGAGAUUCUCCAACCUGGGCAGCAUGCACAGCAGCGUAGCAGGCUCCAACACCUCUCUCAGCAGUGCACACAGCUACAACCGAGCCCACGGUGGAGGUGGAUCCUACACCCCAUUGAGUUCUGGCCUGUCCACCCCAGUGACCCCAACACCAGCCCACCUGCAGCACGUCAGGGAGCAAAUGGCCGCGGCCCUCAGGAAGAUAAAGGAGCUGGAGGAGCAGGUGAAGACCAUCCCUGUGCUGCAGGUCAAAAUAUCUGUGCUGCAGGAGGAGAAACGGCAGCUCAGCGUCCAGCUGAAGAGCCAGAAGUUCCUGGGUCAUAGUCUGAGUUUCAACCGAGGUCGUUCCCGAGGAGAGCUUUACAUCGACAUCCCCGAAGAAGAGGUGAGCACAGGAGCUAAGAGCAGCAACAAGCCACUGUCUCCCACCACACCCGAGGGCUCCAAGCUUCAAGAUUCAGGCUGUGAGAUUGAGGACACGGUGAUUGUGGGUGGAGCGCGACCAGAUGCAAAGCGGGAAGUGCGCACCAUCGGAGUGGGACCAGAGGUGAUGAGGGGGAGUCGUCAGGUGGGAGUCGGGGUUCGGGAGGAGGAUCUGGGGCUGCUGCCAGAGACGGAGGCUCUUAAGAAUCAAGUGGGUCAGCUUGAGGGCCAGCUAAAGAGGACGGUGCAGGAGCUGCAGGACGCGCAGCAGCAGGCUACAGCGAUCCAGAGUGUCCAGAAGGUCCCUCAGGCAGAGCAUCCGGUCAUGGCUACCAGCGUGGGCUGGCAGGAGCCACAAAGCUGCAGUCUGCACACUCUGGUCAGCUUCACACAGCUGCCCCAGCAGAGGGAACAGAGAACUGUGGGGAUCCAGGUGUACACACUGGAGCAGCCCACCGUGGUGGAGGUGGGCACACUGCUCCGAGCAGAGACCUGCAGCUCCCCCUCCCUUCAACCAGCUGGAGGAGUCGUGGAGGGUCACCACAGCGGACAGGCUGAAGAUGCUCCAGUUGAGUUGCCGAUUGCAGUCAGCUCCAAGCAGGUGCGCGACGUCCUAAAGAGCGAGUUAUCCACUUCGGUACCUGUAGCUAAUCCUGCCAUCGCUGUCGGCACAUCUGGUAAUCAGAUGUCUUUGUUGCAUUCAAAAGAAGAAGAAACACACCUGCAUACAUCCACAGAGGCUGUCCAGUCACAAGAAGGCCCUAAGACAGCCUCAUCUCCACAGUCCUCUCUGAGGUCCAUAAUGAAGCGGAAAGCAGAAGGUGAACCAGGAUCUCCCUCUACAAAGAAGAACCUACAGUUCAUUGGAGUCAAUGGAGGCUACGAGUCCACAUCGUCAGACGACAGCAGCAGCGAGAGCUCAGAUGAGGCGAGUGACUCCAGCGAAUAUCAUGAAGCCAGAGAAAAACUAGAGUCAGCGGCCCAGCACCAGCAAAUAACCCACAGCCAGGCUUCCCAGCCUCCAGAAAGCAACAGCGUACCUCAACAGACUGCCGUCAUACCAGCCGUCAUUCCAGAUUCACAGCAGAGUCCCAACCAGCCUGCACCUGUAGACACAACCCCCCAGUCACCAGCACGGGACACUGCCUCCGACUCCACUCCUACACCUCCAUGUCCAGCAAACGAUGCUGCCUCUACAGAGACUGUCACCCUGGAGAUUACCUCCACAUCAUCAAGCACUGAAUCCACUCCUGAACAAAGCUCAGUUACUUCAACGCUGUGUGUCACUAAAACCACUGAGAUUACCGAGCAGCAAUACACCGUCCAGUCAGAAACAACCGUCCUCUCCAGCCAGUCAGAGCCAAAGCCGGCAGCUGAAAGCAUCCCAAAUAACACUGCCACAGCGUCUGCCAAGCAAGUCAGGCUGGACCUGAGUGACAGCCUGAUGUCAGCUCUUCAUGCCCUGCAGAAAGCCCUGGGGGAACCCAACGCCUUCAGCCAACAAGGAGCAAGGGCGGCCUACACCACCGUGCUGCAGGAGUGGCUGCGCGUGUCCUGUCACAAAGCGGCGGACACGGUUGUUGUCAAGGCCUAUAUGAACACCUUCGGCUCAGUCUCGCCUCAGCUGCUGGAGUUUGUGAUCAACAUGGCAGACGGCAAUGGGAACACGGCGCUUCACUACACCGUCUCCCACUCCAACUUCCCCGUGGUGAAACUGCUGCUGGACACCGGCCUGUGUAACGCUGACAAGCAGAACAAGGCGGGCUACACGGCCAUCAUGCUGACAGCUCUGGCCGCCUUCCACUCUGACAAUGACCUUCAAACCGUCCUGCAGCUGCUGCGCACGGGGGAUGUCAACGCCAAGGCCAGCCAGGCCGGUCAGACGGCGCUGAUGCUGGCGGUCAGCCAUGGUCGAGGGGACAUGGUGCGGGCGCUGCUGUCCUGCGGGGCACAGGUCAACAUCCGUGAUGACGAUGGCUCCACAGCGCUCAUGUGUGCCUGUGAACACGGUCACGUGGACAUUGUGCGUCAGCUACUGUCUGUGCCAGGCUGUGAUGUCACUCUCACUGACAAUGACGGCAGCACUGCUCUGUCCAUAGCCCUGGAGGCCAGCCAGAACGACAUCGCUGUGCUUCUGUAUGCUCACCUCAACUUUGCAAAGCCUCCUUCCCCUGUUUCACCGAAGGCUCCUCUCUUGGGUUCCUCUCCUCCUGCCGGUGAAACAAAAUAAAGCCUGCUACAGCCAAUCCACAGUAACUACUCAUAUUACAGUGUGAUUUUUUUUUCAUUUUCAUCUGUGUAAUUAAGAGCAACAAUGAGUUUGCGUUUGUUUUCACCCUCCAUAAUUUAAGUACAUUAUAAUGCAGAUAAUUACAUGACAGCGUGCACCACUGUUAUCCAUUUUUUUUUUGUACACUGUGGUCGAAAACACGGAUUUCUUCCGUGGUACAAUCCGAAGAACUGAACAUCUAGCGGCUGUAUAGACACCUGUCCAGUCUUGCAGUGAUCCAGUCGUCAUCACCGUUUUUAGUGGCACUUACAAGUCAAAACUCUUCACUAUACAGUUCAUUAUUAUACACUUGUUGUUUUGUUCCAUAUGAAUAUCAUAUUCGUAGCUUUAUAGAGCGAUGUGUUUUCAUUGUAAUGUGUACAAUAGCUCUUACAAAGUAGCAUCAUUAUGUGUGUGACCAUCACAUCACGUCAUUUGGAAUAACAAAAGCCUCUCAUGGAUAAGUGUCCUUGCAUCAAAUAGCUCGUUGGUGCUACAAAAAUCUGAUAUAGAAAACACUACUUCAACAGUAUAUCAAUAUUUAUACACAAGAUUUAUUUACUCUAGAGUAUUUUUGAUAUUGAUUUUCUAAAAAUUUUGACUUAAUUCAGGACCUCAGAGGAACACAAUUUUUAUUUCCAAAGCAAUGGUUAACUUAUUACACCUUUUCAAACCAGAGGACAAAAAUGUAUUUUAUGUGUCGACCACAUUUCCCAAAAUAAACCCAAAGAUGUAUCUCUCCUAUCAGCUCUGUGACACUGUAUAUUGUGGUGAUAAUAUUAACACAAGUCUAGCAUAAGUGUGAAGGAAAGAAAGAGGUCAACAUUAUUCUCUGAAGGCUACGGUACUAUGGUGUUUGUAUUUUUUUAUACGUGAAGGUAUUCUGGAUGGUAGUAAGGAAAGAUUAGAGUGUAUCUGUGUUUGUAAUAUUGUGUGCGUUUAUGAUUUAACGAGCUUUGUAGAGAAUUGACUGAAAGCACUGGUGUAGCCACCUCCGCUGUGGUCAUACUGGUAAGACUUGUCAGGGAACCAGAAAGUGACUGAUUGGGGGUCUUUAAAGGACGUGCCGUGUAAGAUGUGAAUAUCAAAAUAAUAUAUGUCCAUAUAAACUGGUAGUUAUUAUGCCUAAAAUCAAAUUCAAAAGUGCUUAGGCUAUUGAUGUCAAAAUUUCUAUUACUUUUUAAAGACUUUUUCACAAUUUUCAUAUUCACUUUUAAGCAAUUGAAUUUUUAUAAAGGUUCAAUUUUUUUUAAUUUAAGUAUCUAUCUUUUUAUACAUUUAGUAUUUUUAAGCUCACACCUACUUUAUGUAACCGCACAGCUCUUUAGUUUAUGUUUUAUGAAGGUUUAUGUCAAAUUCUAGACUGUGUUUCUCCUCUUCUAAUCUGUGCAUUUUUGGAUAAACAAUGAAUUAAUAAAUGUGGACCACACUGUU